AAGUGGAACAAUCCUAGUAAGAACGAUUAAAGUUAUUGGGAAUAAUCCAAUAGUUUUUAUUUUAAAACAACUACGAACUAAACUGUUAAAAUGGCUGACAAACAUGAUCUUCUGCUGUUGUUCGAGCGUCCCAAUGAACCCGUGUUCAUGGAAAAAGGCAAAACUGUCACGAUCUUCGAUAUACCAGACAAAUUUUUGACCGACCGUUAUCGUCCCAUUGGCACUGAGGUCCACAGUCGUUUUGGUGAGAAGGCUGAGAAACGCAUUCCAGUACGUGAUGUUUCCCUACCUGACUUACGCAUACCCAUGUCCUUGGGUCGUCAGGAACAAUUUUCGUUGUUUGUUCCCCGCCACAGACGUAUUGCUGGACGUUUGAUUGACAUUUUUAUGGGUUUACGUUCAAUCGAUGAUUUGCAAAGUGUUGCUGUUUAUGCUCGAGAUCGCCUAAAUCCUUUCCUUUUCAAUUAUGCCCUCUCAGUGGCUUUGUUACAUCGUCCUGAUACCAAGAGUUUGGAUUUGCCAUCAUUCGCUCAAAAUUUUCCCGAAAAGUUUGUAGACUCCACAGUAUUCCGUCAAGUGAGAGAAGAAGCUACAGUUGUUUCGGAGGGUUCUCGUAUGCCAAUUGUGGUGCCUAGAGACUACACUGCUUCUGACUUGGAUCCGGAACAUCGCUUGUGGUAUUUCCGUGAAGAUUUGGGUAUCAAUUUACAUCAUUGGCAUUGGCAUUUGGUGUAUCCUUUUGAAGCUGGUGACCGCACAAUUGUAAAUAAGGACCGUCGUGGUGAAUUAUUUUACUAUAUGCAUCAACAGGUUGUGGCUCGUUAUAAUAUGGAACGUUUCAGUAACAAUUUGGCUCGUGUUGCCAGAUUCAACAAUUUCCGUCAACCCAUUCCUGAGGGUUAUUUCCCGAAAAUGGAUUCCCUCGUUGCCAGUCGCGCUUGGCCACCACGUUUCGACAACACCGCUAUUUCUGACUUGAAUCGUGAGUUAGAUCAAAUUAAUUUGGAUGUCGCUGAUAUGGAAAGAUGGCGUGAUCGUAUCUUCGAAGCUAUUCAUCAAGGAUUCGUAGUAGAUGAAAGUGGUAAUCGCAUUAAUUUGGACGAACAACGCGGUAUAGAUAUUUUGGGUAAUAUUAUGGAAUCAUCAAUCGUUUCUCCCAAUCGUUCAUUAUAUGGAGAUCUCCACAACAUGGGUCAUGUAUUCAUUUCGUAUGCCCACGAUCCUGAUCAUCGUCACUUGGAAUCGUUUGGAGUUAUGGGUGACUCAGCAACUGCUAUGCGUGAUCCUGUUUUCUACAAAUGGCAUGCUUAUGUUGAUGACGUGUUCCAAGAACAUAAAAUUCGCUUACCUUCGUAUACUAUUCCGCAAUUACAAUAUGAUGGUGUUACUAUUUCUGGUAUUCAGGUGGCUGCCGAUGGUGGUCGUCCAAAUGUAAUGUCCACAUUCUGGCAACAAUCUGAUGUUGAUCUAUCCAGAGGCAUGGAUUUCGUACCCAGAGGCAAUGUCUUUGCUCGUUUCACACACUUGCAACAUGUUCCGUUCACUUAUACUAUCAAUGUGAAUAACGCCAGUGGAGCUCAACGUUUCGGUACAGUACGUAUAUUCUUGGGACCCAAGGCCGAUGAGAGAGGACAGCAGAUGAUGUUGAGAGAUCAACGCUUGUUGAUGGUUGAAUUGGAUAAAUUUGUUGUUGGGUUAAAUCCUGGACAAAAUACCAUUCGUCGUCGUUCCUCGGAAUCUAGUGUUACCAUUCCCUUCGAGCGUACCUUCCGUAAUUUGGAUGCUAAUCGCCCUGCUGCUGGUUCUGCCGAAGAAUUGGAAUUCAAUUUCUGUGGUUGUGGUUGGCCACAGCACAUGUUGAUUCCUAAGGGUCUUCCCGAAGGACUACGCUGUGAGCUAUUCAUUAUGAUCUCCAAUUAUGAUGAUGAUCGUGUUGACCAACAAUUGGUGGGUGCUUGCAGUGAUGCUGCUUCCUAUUGUGGUGUUCGUGAUCGCCUCUAUCCUGAUCGUCGUCCCAUGGGUUAUCCCUUCGAUCGUUUGCCACGCCAAGGUGCUGAUCGUUUGAUUAAUUUCCUGACACCCAAUAUGAGCAUGGUUGAUGUUGUAAUUCAGCAUGAUCCCAACAGAGUUGUACAACGUCAAAAUUAAAUGUUUUGUGGAAUAUGUGGACCUUAUAUGUUGACUAUAUGGAUUUUCUAACGGACUUUUUGCGACGAUUCUUUGUAGUAUAUAAUAAUAUCUUUUUUAAUAUAAGUGGAUUUGAUACAUAAUUGAUAGUAUAUAAUUAUAAAUACAUACAAAUAUUAAAAGUACUAUGUCAAAAUAAUAAGUAUUAAAAUACUAAUCACAAA